CAGAGACUCAAUUUGUUAGCACCGCAACCCACAGUCGUCAUGUCAGUGCUGACGGAGCAGGCCAUCAAGGACAUCCUGUGCGACUUGACGUCCAGCAAGCUCGACGAGGGCACGCUCGAGUACGCAGCAGGGAUGGUUAAGGAGGAGGGAUGCACCGACCCUGAGGAGCUGCAGGAGCUCAUAGGACCGUUCCUUCUGGUCAGCGGAUGAAAACCAGGCAGAAAACCGGAUACACAGGGUGUGCAGUCACCUUACUGUCCCGUUGUGUGGUGUGUGUGUUUGUCCAGGACGGCGGCGCAGCGUCCACAGAUGCCGAGGUGCUAUCUUUGUGCAAGGCUCUGCACGAGAAGCUGACGACCAAGCCAGAUGCGGCCACCACGAGCAGCGGGAGCAGCCCUGUGGCCGUCAACGGUGACGCUGCAUCCACUGACGCUGAGGACGACCGCAGCACCUCCAACGCACCAGCACCAAACGGGGCUGGUGCUGCCGUGGGUGGUGGCGGUGCGGGCAAGCUCAAGACGCCCGUUGUCCUGGGCAGUGUGCUUGGGGACAAAAAAGGUGAGCAGAGUGUGUGGCUGAGGGAUGGUGGUGGAUGGUGUGCUUGUGUUGUGUGUCAGGUGGUUAUCAGGACCCUUAUCUCGGUCUCAAGAAGGGGUCGGUCAACUUCAACACGGGCGAGCACAUCGACGAGUCGGUGCAGAAGCAGAAGGCGCUGCAGAGGGAAAGGGAGAGGCAGGCCAAGCUCAUGAAGCAGUGGGAGAAGUCCAAACAGCCGCCGCCACCGCCGACAUGCCGGCACGGCGACAAGCAGCUCGCCAAGAUGACCGACAUCAACGUCGAAUCCUUCUCUGUCAUCAUUGCUGGUGAAGAGGGAGGGAGAGAGGGAUGGAGGGAGGGAGUGUGGCUGACAUCUUUGCUUGGUGUGUGGGUGUGUGGCGGUCUCGUGGUGCAGGUCGUGAGCUGUUGCGCGAUGCGCCGUUGAAGCUUGCAAUGGGCCGCAAGUACGGUUUGGUUGGCCGCAACGGUAUCGGCAAGUCCACCUUCCUCAACGCCCUCGCUCGGGGCGAGAUACACGGCAUCAAGUGAGGAGGCAGCACAGAGCCGACACCCCACCACACCACCCAUUCCCCCCCCCACACACACACGCAUUUCUUCAAUGCGUGUGUGUGUGUUGGCGCCCCGUAUGUGUCCAUGCAGUCCCGACAUGCACAUCCUCCAUAUUGAGCAGGGUAAGCGGACACACACAGGGGGUUGGAUGGCUGCAUCGACCUGCGUGUGUGUAAAUGUGUGUGUGUGUGUGUGUGUCUUAGAGAUCCGUGGUGGCGAAGAGACCGCCCUCGAGGCCGUCUUGGCCGUCGACGUGGAGAGGGCCGACCUGCUGCAGGAGGAGAAACUCUUGCUGGGCAGAGAACAGGUAGAUAGAUCGCCGCUCCGCUCACCCACACUCUGACACCCAAACAACUUUGCCUGCCUGCAUCACUUUGAUUGAUGUGCGUAUGUAUCUGUGUGUUGUCCGUCCUUUGCAGACGGAGGAGUUGGGCCGUCGUCUGGCGUGGAUAUACCAGCGGCUCAACGACAUCGACGCGCAGAGUGCCGAGAGCAGGGCGUCCACCAUCCUCGAUGGGCUGGGCUUCACCACCGACAUGCAGGUGAGAGUGACACCCACCCACACCCACCCAGACAAAAGCCACACUGGAUGGAUGGCCUCACUCAACCCUUGAUAUUGAUGCAGCACAAGAAGACCAGGGAGUUUUCAGGUGGCUGGAGGAUGCGGGUCGCACUUGCAAGGGCUCUCUUCGGAGACCCUGGUCAGUGGAUGGGGUGGCGGAUGGCGGAUAUCUCUCGUGGCUGGAUGCAUCUCUCUCCAUCUGUGUGUGUGUGUGUGUGUUGAUUCCCUCCCUGCAGAUCUCUUGCUGCUGGACGAGCCGACGAACCACCUGGAUCUGCAUGCGGUGGCGUGGCUGACGCAGUACCUGAGCGAGUGGCCCAAGACGUGCAUCAUCGUCUCCCACGCCCGGCAGUUCCUCAACGACGUCUGCACCGACAUCAUCCACUUCAGCGACCAGACACUCACGUACGCAGCGCAGCGCAGCCAACGAACAUGUCUCUGUGUGUGUGUCUGGGUGUCUGGGUGUCUCUGCACGACUCUCUCUCUCUCUCUGUGUGUGUGUGUUUGUGUGCGUGUGUGUGUUGUGAAGGUAUUACCGUGGCAACUACGACACGUUUGAGGAGGUCCGUGCGGGGAAGCAGCUGCAGCAGCAGAGGGAGUUCGAGGCGCAGGAGGCCAAGCGCGCCCACAUGCAGAAAUUCGUUGACAAGUAACCAAACCACCGCCCCACAAGGAAGGAGCAGAUGAGCUGUCAUGUCUGUGCCCACAACCACACAGGUUCCGAUACAACGCCAAGCGAGCGUCGUUGGUGCAGUCGCGUCUCAAGGCCAUCGCCAAGCUGCCCAUGCUCGAGGCCGUGGCGUCGGACCCCACUCUGGUGUUCUCCUUCGACGAGCCCGAGGCCCUGCCCACGCCCAUACUGCAGCUGCAGGACUGCUACUUCAAGUCAGUCAGCCCCCCGCCAGCCGGCCAGCACACUUGUACAAGGGAGAUACACCUACCUGCCAUGUCUGUGUGUGUGUCUCCCUUACAAGGUAUGGUGAGGGCAAAUCUGAUUGGCUGUUGAAGGACGUCGCUAUGGUGGGUUAGGGAGCGGAGCGAGCCUCGCUCGGCUGACCCACGUCGUGUGUGUGUGUGUGUGUGUGUCUGGUCAGACCAUUGACCUGGACAGCCGGAUUGCCGUGUGUGGUGUCAACGGCUCGGGCAAGUCCACCCUACUCAAAGUCAGUAACACCACACAGACAGAGAGACUGACAGACAGACAGACAGCCACACACACCGACAUCCAUGUGGUAUUCCGUGUCAGCUGAUGAUCGGCACCAUCGACCCCAGCGAAGGCCACGUGGUGCGCCACUCCAAGCUGCGCAUCGGCUUCUUCUCGCAGCACCACGUCGACCAGCUCGACCUCACCCUCACAGCCGUCCAGUCCCUCCAGACAGCCUUCCCAGAUGCAAACCUGAAAGACGAGGAUGCCCGCACCUACCUCGGCAAGUUCGGGAUUUCCGGGCUGCUGGCGUUGGAGCCGCUGUACGUGUUGAGUGGGGGGCAGAAGAGCCGCGUGGCCAUCGCGCUGGUGGCCUUCAAGAAGCCGCAUGUACUGAUCAUGGACGAGCCGACCAACCACCUCGACCUGGACGCCGUGCAGGCGCUCAUCGCUGCAUUGAACAACUUCCAGGGCGGCGUCGUGAUAGUGGUACGUGGCUUGGUUAAGGUGCACAGGAAGAUGGUCUGUGUGUGGUCAUGUGAGCUCUCUCUCUCUCUCUCUCUGUGCUGUGUGUGUGUGUGUGUGUGUGGAUCAGUCGCACGACGCCCACAUGCUGUCGUGUGUGGCCGAUGAGGUGUGGCACGUGGACCACCGCACCAGGUCGGUGGCGAAGUUCGGGGAAGACUUUGAGAGCUACAGGAAACAGCUUCUCAAGAACAAGCUGUGAGAGAUAGACUUGAUGUCGGUUUUGGAUCAGUGGUGGCCAAUUAGCGACUUUGUGUAUGCAUGCCUGUGUGAAUCGUGGCUGGUUUCAUAUGCAUGUGUGUCGACACUCAUUCACUGGCACACGCGAUAUCCUGAAUGAUAUGUGGAC